CAGACAUGCAGUGAAAACUUGACCAUUGAUUGACUAGUAGCGUCUGGGAACAGACUGUGUGGUACCUUAGCACCGUGACAGCCAUGACUUCGAAGAGUAGAGGUGGCCCACCACCUUUGAUACCUCCAAAUCCUUGCUUGAUACCGCCGCAGCCUCCAUUACCACCACCUCCUUCACCAAUGCCCACAGCUUCGCUGACUGUUAAGGGACAAAUAGGUGAAUACAAGUUAGAGGUGAACUCCCAAGAAGGAUUGGCACAACUCGUUCAAGUUGUUGAGAAGUUUGCAGAUAUAGAAUCACAAAUGACUAUGGCCGCGCACUUGCGGUAUCAGACACAGUUGCAGAAUGAACAAAUGAUGCGUUUUCAGUGCAUGAACGUGCCACUAGCAAUCACAUCAAUGUUCCCACCAGUGCUCGUGCCUCAAGUGGGGCCUUCAGACACGACGGCAGGGGACAAAACAUCUCAAUCUGUUGGUCAGUCAAGAUCUGUCAACGACAUAUGCCUUCCCGGAGCUAUUGUUCGUAUGCAUGAAUACCGGGGAAAGCAGUACUCAAGUCAAUACAGCUCAAUGCAGAGGCUAACAGGCUUGGAUCUCCAACAAUACACAGUCCAGCGCGCUGCGGGUGUGACGGACAUGGUGCAAGAAGUACAACACCCAAUUUUGAAACAGUUUUACGUCACUUCACCACUUGCAGGUUUUUGGUGUGCCACUUUGAGUGAUUUGAGGACAUGCACCCAUUGCGAUUGGGAACAGCUGUAUACUUUGGUACUAGGACGGAUAAAGUCAGAUUUGAGUGCUGUCAAACCUCGAAUCCAGAAUGCCUUGGAAACAGGCAUGGUCAUAGAGACGACAUUUCACUAGCCGAAGAGGCUUUGUGCCGGAACCCCAGUUGAAGCUGCAUUCUGCAGCGUUUGCUGAAUAUUUGGGCGGGCCCUAUGUGGAGAAAUCAACCAAACAUCAGAUCUGCCUGUACUAUUAUACUCAGUCAAGUCCUCAAUGCCCAUGCUUCACUGCAC